AUGUCAGAGAGGAGAGGUCAGACGAAGUCCAUCUUUCUGUCCUCGUUAUUGGUGUGUUGUAUGUUUGCGAGUGCGGAGUAUUCCAGCUGUGGAGAGUACGAGUUUUUAAACCAGACCAGUAACAGCUGCCAGGCCUGCCCUCAGUGCCAACCAGGGCAGGAGCCACACAUGACCUGUGGCUACGGUGUGAAGGAUGAGGACUUUGCCUGUGUGCCGUGCCCACAGGGGAAGUACUCCAAAGGCAAAUAUGAGAUCUGCAGACGACAUAAAGACUGUGAUGCCCUCUACAAAGCCACAGUGCGUGUAGCGGGAACUCCAGACAGCGAUGCAGAGUGUGGACCCUGUUUACCAGGGUACUACAUGCUGGAGAACAGACCCAGAAACCUCUAUGGGAUGGUUUGCCACUCCUGUCAAAAUGCACCACCCAACACCAAAGAAUGCAUGCCAACCAGCGGGCAAAUAGAAAAACCUCAGAUUGAUCCCGGCAGCACAACUGUGUUCCCUAAUCCACAUAAAGAUUCCACAGGACAGGGUCACCUAGCAACAGCUCUCAUUAUCGCCAUGUCAACCAUCUUCAUUAUGGCCAUCGCCAUCGUCCUCAUCAUUAUGUUUUAUAUCCUGAAGGCCAAACCAAGUGGCCAGGCAUGUUGCUCUGGACAGGUGGCGAAGGCAGUUGAAGCUCAAUCCAACAAACAGGAAGACAAGAAAGAUGUCCCUGACAACGUUGUGAUCUACUCAGAGAAAGAUGAGUUUGACAAACUGAAAGCUCCUCCUCAGAAGACGGUGAAAAGUGAAAAUGACGCAUCGUCAGAGAACGAGCAGCUGCUGAGCCGUAGCAUGGACAGCGAUGAGGAGGCAGCGUUGGAGAAGCAAGGAUCAGCCGAAACCACUAACCCCAACCCCAACCUGUGCCUCGUCAAUCUGGGCAACAAGCCUGACCUCUGCCUGCUCUCUCUGGGCCUCUUGGACCGCGAACGUGCCUGCAACGGGACCCCCAACAUUACUGCCAGCCCGACCAAUAACGUCCAGAGCCCCAACCACAUUGGCAAUGUCAACCACAUUGCCAGCAGUGUGACCGCAAUCAACAACAACAAUAAAACCCCAGGGAUGCUACAGAGUCGAAGGAAAAAGAUCCUGGAUCUGUAUGCCAGAGCGUGCAAUGUGACAGAGGGCCUGAGCCCCACAGAGCUUCCCUUCGACUGCCUGGAGAAGGCCAGCCGCAUGCUGAGCUCCUCCUACAGCAGCGAGGCGGCCGUGGUGAAGACGUGGAGACACCUGGCCGAGAGCUUCGGCCUGAAACGCGAUGAGAUCGGUGGCAUGAGCGACGGCCUGCAGCUCUUUGAGAGGGUGAGCACAGCGGGCUACAGCAUCCCCGACCUCCUGACCCGCCUGGUACAGAUCGAGAGGCUGGAUGCUGUCGAGUCGCUCUGCUCAGACGUGCUGGGCAGCAAUGAGAUGGCGGCAGCAGGCGGACGGCAGAUCAGCAGUUUUCACAGCCAGUUGGUUUGCACGUCCCCUUUCCCGUCCCCCUCCCAACGCUGUGCCAGUGUCUAA